CAACAAACACAGAAUAUAGUUGAAAAAGAAUUCGUAACCGUGGCCAUCAUUAUUAACAACGUCGGCGUUUGUGGGGAGCAGCAGCCGCCAGCAGCAGCAGCAGAAACAACAAAAGCAACAACAGCAGUAACAAAAGUAGCAGCAGCAGCAGCCAGAAGAAAGCAACAGUCAACAGCAGGCAAAGGCAAAGGGAAACAUCUUCAAAGUAUUGUGACCACCGAGAUCAGGAUAAGCAUGGAGAAAGUAGCAACCAAACAAUAUGAAUCGAAAAUUUGGCCAGAUCUCGUCGACAGCGAUGACAGCGAUGUAGAGAACGACAUAGAUGUGGACAAACUGCCACCGCUGGAGGUUGGACCCAAUGAGAAUCGCCUGCAGCACACAUACUGUCUGUGGUUCUCGCGCAAGGGUACACAGAGAGCAGCCACGGAUUACAGCAAAUCCCUGCAUGUGGUGGGACGAUGUGCCAGUGUCCAGCAAUGGUGGUCCCUCUAUUCUCAUCUCAUAAGGCCAACGUCAUUGAAACCGUAUAGAGAGUUGAGUCUCUUUAAACAGGGAAUCAAGCCAAUGUGGGAGGAUCCGGCGAAUAGUAAGGGAGGCCAAUGGGUAAUACGUUUGCGUAAGAACAAAAUUGAACGAGCCUGGGAGAAUGUUUGCAUGGCCAUGCUCGGCGAGCAAUUUUUGGUUGGUGAUGAAAUAUGCGGAAUAGUGCUGCAGACAAAGUAUCCGGAGGAUAGCUUAUCAGUAUGGAACAGGACUGCCACUGAUAUGACCAGUACAACACGUAUCCGUGAUACGUUACGCAGGAUAUUAAAUAUACCUCUAACAACGGCAAUGGAGUAUAAAAUACACUGUGAUAGCCUUAAAUAUGUUUCAAUUAAUAAAGGCCCAUUGAAAAGCUGAAAUUCAGUGAAUAACUUUAAACAACAGAAGAGAAACAAAAACAAUAAUUACACAAACAGAUAAUGUAAAAAUCCAGCAAUUGAAUGAAAAUGGAGUAACCAGAAACCCAACAACCAAUACACACACAUACACGUACGCGUACACGUGUACAGCAAAACCAGAAAAUAUUUAAACAGCAACAAAAGCAAAUUUUCAUUUUCCAAACCAGCAUGAAAUCCUUCAUCCUUCCCGAUCUGCAUCAAGUAAAGCAAAUUAAUAUUUAAGCGUCAGCGUAAAAGACAAAAAACGCCAAAAGAAAAGUAAUAUGUUAGUUUGUAUGUAUAAAGUUUACAUUUGGGAUCUCGAUUCCCGAUUUAAAAGUGUUUAAACAAAUCCAAUUACUUAACCCACUCUUCCAUAUCCACUGUCCUUUCAAACAUUUUCACAUCUAACAUUUGACUGACCCCCUCGCCCUGACCUGAAUUAUUAUCCUCCGUUAUUAUUUCAAUCGACCCCCCUCCUUCUUAUACACAAAACUAGCUGAUAUUAUAAUUAUCUGUUUGAAAUGAUUAUUUUAUACAUUAUGAUAAAUAACGAAACUGAAUAAUCAUAA